AUGCUGCAUGCUGUAAACUCGGAGCGCGUAGCUCGAGGUUUGUCGAAACUGUGCAUGAACAAGAAGCUGCAACAUGCGGCACAGCUGCAUGCACGCGACAUGGCGACAAAAGGGUUCCUCAGUCACACGGGCUCGAACAACUCGACCGUAUCCGGCCGAGUCAAAGCGGCUGCGUAUCGCUGGACAUAUGUUGCCGAGAACGUGGCCGCGGGGCAGACGACCGUCGCAGAUGUCGUUGCAAGUUGGAUGAACUCCAAGGAGCAUCGAGCCAAUAUCCUGAGUCCCGACGCCAGGAUGUUUGAAUGUGGCUACGCGUACAGCCCCAGGAGCAAGCACAAGCACUACUGGACACAGAACUUUGCAUCGGGCAGAGGCGAAACGUGCAACUAA